AUAGAAAUGAGAGAAGGAGAUGAAGUUAAUGUAGAAAAUAAUACAUAUAUUCUCAAAGAAUUACUUGGCCAAGGCUCGUAUGGAAAAGUUUUUAAGGCAUUCAAUAAGCGCACCUAAUAGAUAACAGCAAUAAAAAUAUAAGAUAGCAUAAAUGAAGAUGAAUUAAAGGUAUUAAAUAUGAUGAGAAAAAAAACACAUAAAAACUUAAUCAAUAUUCUUAAUUUUGAAAGAGUAAGUCGAAAAUAUUUUAUAGUAAUGGAAUAUUGUAAAGAAAGUUUAUAUGAUCGGAUUAUUCGCAGAGGUACAAUUCAAUCAGAUGAAGUGAGGUUUAUUAUGAAAGAAAUAGGGAAUGGGAUAAAAGAAAUUCAUGAAUUAGGUUAUGCACAUAGAGAUCUUAAACCUGAAAAUAUAUUAAUUUUCUAGGUUAAUGACAACGGUUAAACAUAAGAUUUAUAUAAAAUUUGCGAUUUUGGUACAAUAAAAUAAAUAGAUGUGCUUAAAACUUAAAAAGUUGGUACUGCUUAUUAUCUUGCUCCAGAAUAAGUAAAUGGUUACGAUAGUCAAUAUUCAUAAAAAGUUGAUAUAUGGGCUUUUGGAGCUUUGAUUUAUGAAUUAUUGACAGGAACACCAUUGUUUAAUGGUAAUUUAUGAUUUAAGUUAGGCAAAAGUGAAUAAGAAGUCUGGAUUAAAAUAAAAAAUACGACUUAGAAAAGUAUUGAUGAACAAAUUAAGAAUAAUUUGAAAAUAGAAAGGAAAUAUAGUACUCUUCUCUUAAAUAUGCUUCAAACAGAUAUUGGAAAAAGGUAUGAUAUUAAUCAGGUUGUUUCUGAUUUGAGAGGAACAUCAUAACCUAUUAGAAAGACAGAAUUUUAGGGAUAAAGUGGCAGGCCUGAUGGGAGAGUUUUCGACUAUAAAGGAUUGCCAAAUCCAAAAUAGGUUUAAUUUAAUUAUGCUUCUAAAAUACCAGGCCAAGAAGAGCAAAUAUAAAAAGCUGAUCCAAUUUAUUCACGUGGAAGGAAUAUUGAGCAAUCAGAAUCCCCUAAAAGACCUGAUUAUCGUUCCCCUUAGAUGAUUAAAGCAAGUGAUAAUACUCCAGCAAUUAGGGCUACAAAUAUUCCUUUGUAAUUAUCGAAACAAUCAGGUCCAAUUUAAACAACUUCCUCAAGCUAGGAUACAAAAUAUUCUUAAAUGAACAAUUUAAUUCAGAAUACCACAUUCAAUCAAAAUUAGCCAAUUACAAAAUUGCCAAGCAAUCUAAAGAUUGAAAAUUAUCUUUAAAAUAAUUCCUAAAAGUAAAAUAACUCUUAAACCUUUGAUUAAUAUUAAAAAAAUCCUUUUCAGUAAUAAUAAUAAUAAUAAUAAUAAUAAUAAUAACCUUUUUAAAAUUAAAUACCUGUUUAGGCUUAGUAAAAUCAAUUAAAAAGCUCCCUCCCUUAUAAUAAUAAUUAACAAUUUGAUGAACAAUAACAAAGUAAAAAUACAAAUUAAAAAUUAGAAGCUCCAAUUCAAAGCCAAGCAGUAAAAAGAACUUUCGGAAGUUCAUAGCUUGGCAGCAAUCUUUAAAAUGCUACCUAAAAGUAAUAACCUUAUGAUUAAUAGUAAUAAAGUAAUAAUACUAUUGAAUAACAAUCAGGAAAAAUUUUAAAUUAGCCAGCUCUAGGUGGUUUUUCCAAUCAAUAGUAUAAAAACCCUUUUUAAAAUACUAACUAAAAGCAAUAAAGUGUUUAAUAAUAAUAAAAUAAUAAUACUAUUGAAUAACAAUCAGGAAAAAAUUUUAAUUAGCCAGCUCUAGCUGGUUUUCCCAAUCAAUAGUAUAACAACCUUGUUUAAAAUACUAACUAAAAGCAAUAAAGUGUUUAAUAGUAAUAAAAUAAUAAUACUAUUGAAUAACAAUCAGGAAAAAAUUUUAAUUAGCCAGCUCUAGCUGGUUUUCCCAAUCAAUAGUAUAACAACCUUGUUUAAAAUACUAACUAAAAGCAAUAAAGUGUUUAAUAAUAAUAAAAUAAUAAUACUAUUGAAUAACAAUCAGGAAAAAAUUUUAAUUAGCCAGCUCUAGCUGGUUUUCCCAAUCAAUAGUAUAACAACCUUGUUUAAAAUACUAACUAAAAGCAAUAAAGUGUUUAAUAAUAAUAAAAUAAUAAUACUAUUGAAUAACAAUCAGGAAAAAAUUUUAAUUAGCCAGCUCUAGCUGGUUUUCCCAAUCAAUAGUAUAACAACCUUGUUUAAAAUACUAACUAAAAGCAAUAAAGUGUUUAAUAAUAAUAAAAUAAUAAUACUAUUGAAUAACAAUCAGGAAAAAAUUUUAAUUAGCCAGCUCUAGCUGGUUUUCCCAAUCAAUAGUAUAACAACCUUGUUUAAAAUACUAACUAAAAGCAAUAAAGUGUUUAAUAAUAAUAAAAUAAUAAUACUAUUGAAUAACAAUCAGGAAAAAAUUUUAAUUAGCCAGCUCUAGCUGGUUUUCCCAAUCAAUAGUAUAACAACCUUGUUUAAAAUACUAACUAAAAGCAAUAAAGUGUUUAAUAAUAAUAAAAUAAUAAUACUAUUGAAUAACAAUCAGGAAAAAAUUUUAAUUAGCCAGCUCUAGCUGGUUUUCCCAAUCAAUAGUAUAACAACCUUGUUUAAAAUACUAACUAAAAGCAAUAAAGUGUUUAAUAGUAAUAAAAUAAUAAUACUAUUGAAUAACAAUCAGGAAAAAUUUUAAAUUAGCCAGCUCUAGCUGGUUUUCCCAAUCAAUAGGAUAGCAACCUUCUUUAAAAUGCUAACUAAAAGCAAUAAAGUAAUUCCUCCCAUAAUUAAUAAUAAUAAAAUAAAAACAUUUUUCAAUAAUAAUAAGGAACAACUUAAAAUAAUAGAGCUUCAUAGCCUUCCCAAAAUUUAUAGAAUAAUUAUGGCAACUUUAUUUAAAACACUAAUUACAAAUAAUAGAGUGUUCCCCCUUAGAAUUAUUAAUUAUAAAACAAAAAUAAUAUAAUUUAAAAAGAAGAAACUAUUGAGCAAGCAGCAGCAAAAAAUCCUUCCUCAUAAUUUUUAAAUUCUUCUUAAUUUAAUACCUAAAAGCAAGGUCGUCAAUAACCAAUUAAUAGAGAUGAUUUACCAUAACCUUAGAAUAUAAAUAGUUCAUAAUUUAAUAAUACCAGCUAAUAAUAAUAAAAUAUUUCAUAAAAUAGGAUUCCUUAAAACGGCAACUAUUUUUAACAAACAAACUCAAAUAGUCCACAGUAACCCCAAAGCCGCUUGAGUACUUUUCAAAAUCAGAAUAAUUAACCCUAAAAAUAAAUUUUUAAUCCAGCAGUAGGAUAAAGGAAUGCUAGCAAUUUUAAGUAAUCUAAUUAAGCCUAAGUAACACCUGGAUAAUCAGGUUAAUAUAUCUAAUCAUCAUUUGGAAAUAAUCCAUACUAAUAGCACCCACAGAGAAUUGGAUAAUUUAAUAAUUAUUAAUGAAAAUGAAAUGAUU